UGAGAAGCAGAAGAGAAGAGUGGAAGGAAUGAUAGAUUAGAAAUUUUUGUGUAAUUUAUAACCUAAAUUUUUGCAUUUAAUGCCCGGUUUUUAAUAAAUUCAGGGAUGUUUCAUUCCAGUUAAAAAGUACUGUAGUAUAGUCAUAAAUUCAUAUUAGAUUUGUACUGUAGUGUUGUAGAUAGGCACCUUGCUUUUAUAAAAUGGGUAACGUUUUUGCUGCAAGUAAACCUCCGCAAGAUUUUGGAAUGUUUGCCAUGCCUCCUGCUCCAGGUGAAGAUACAAAAGAAGAAGUUAAGAUAGAAAACCCUGGAACUAUGGAGGAAUUACACAAAAAAACUAAAGAUGUCUUCCCCUCAGUGUUUGAUGGUGCACGAAUUGUUCUAAACAAGGGACUAAGCAAUCAUUUUCAAGUGUCCCACAAUAUUACAUUGAGCUCCCAACAACCAGGAUCCUAUCGUUUUGGAGCAACCUAUGUCGGAACAAACCAGAUAGGUCCAGGAGAAGUGUAUCCUGUGUUAAUAGGAGACAUCGACUCAAGUGGACUACUUUCUGCUAAUGUGUUCCAUCAAAUCGGAAGUCGAUAUAGGCUAAGAUUCCAAGCACAGAUGUCUAACAGUCAGUUUGCUGUCGCCCAAACGCAGAUUGACUACAAAGCCGACACUUUCACAUCAUCCCUCUCAAUCAUCAAUCCAGACCCUCUCAACAACUUUCAAGGUGUAUUUGUGGGGCAUUACUUACAAAACGUCACUCCAAAUUUAGCUCUAGGUGCGGAGUUAGCAAUACAAAGAAUGAACCAAAUACCCGGUGGACAAUUACCUCUGCUCUCUUUAGCUGCGAGAUAUUCUGGUGAUGAUUACGUUUGCAGCGGAACUCUUGGAGUAGCCAGUCUUCACCUCUGCUACUACCAGAAAGCCAGCGAACAAUUACACAUUGGUGUAGAGAUGGAAACCAAUCUCAGAAUGCAAGAGUCAGUUGGAACUAUUGGUUACUACGCUGACCUGCCCAAAGCAGACCUUCAGUUCAGAGGGAGCGUGGAUACUAACUGGAAUGUCUCUGCGGUUAUAGAGAAGAAACUAUUACCCAUGCCGUUCACAUUUACGUUAAGUGGAAACUUAAAUCAGAAAAAGAACAGUUUUAGACUAGGCCUCGGAUUUGUGAUUGGUUAGUCAAGUUGUUGCUUCUAGUUCAGUACAGACGUAGCUCCAGCCCAAGCGAGUUUGUGCAAAUUUAUUUCCUGUUGUAACUAUGGACAAUUAUUUCAAUUAAUUUUUGUGUUCAGUUCUUCGGAACAACUUCUGUUACAUCAUUAACUGUUGUGUUGACUAUUUUAUAUAAUGCGUUGUUAUCAAAUAAUAACCUAAGUUGACUAAGUCUCUCAUUGUGUACAUACAACAAACCUCUGUCAAAACCCAAACUGUUAUUCUGAUCUUAGGAUCUAGACACUUAAUGUACAAAAAUAAAAAAAAUUGUGAAGUUAAGACAGUA